AUGGAGGUUUUACAGCCAACAAUCAUAUGCAUUGGGAACAGGCGUUACCGCAAAUACCCAAUUGGUUCACCUGGAGAGGUAAAAGUAGCCCAUGAUGAACUUCCUGAAGAUUACUCAGAAUAUAUGGAUGAUGAUGAUGACAUUGACAACAACAUCAUUGUGGCUACAGAGACUGGUUUUGAGACAAGCCUGGAUGUUGCCAGCGAAUACUUCAAGUACAUCAUUGGCAAAAAAGGUGAUACAAGGAAUCGUAUUGAGAUGGACACUCGAACACAGAUCCGAAUUCCAAGACGUGGCCAAGAGGGAAAAAUAGUGAUUGUGGGUCGAGAUAAAAAAGGAGUCAACUCAGCUCGUACACGUGUGGAACUUUUGGUAAUCUCAGCUCGACAGAAACAACCCUUCACUCAUUUUCUCUCCAUUCCUAUUACUGAUGAAAAUAUCCAAGUCAAAAUUGAUGAUUUCAAAACAGAUGUCCUGAGGGAAUGUUUUGGAGACCGUGGACAUGAUCCCAGCAUAUUUCAAAACCCUUUGAAACUACAUUUGACAAUUGGUACAUUAGUAUUACUAAAUGACUUAGAAAUAGAAAGUGCAGUGAAACUGCUGCAUCAAUGUCAUGAGGAUGUCAUCAAGCCUCUUCUCCGAGAUCAGCCAAUUCGAUGCCAUUUUGUUGGUCUUGAAUAUAUGAAUGAUGAUCCUGGUGCAGUAGACGUUCUCUAUAUCAAGGUUACAUUUCCUGAUGACAAUGAUGUGUUGGAAAUCAUUUGUAAUCAACUUGCAGAAAAAUUUAUGUCUGCUGGACUUAUGCAGAAAGACUAUGACCGUGUAAAAUUACAUGCAACAGUAAUGAAUACUUUAUUCCGGAAAGAACCCUCAGGGGUAGUUCGUGCCUCUGAGCAAUAUCAAAGUCAAGUGCGAAACACCAGCAGGAGUGAAGGAAGUCAAAGAAGUGCUCCCAGAGAAUCCUUUGAUGCAAGGCAGAUACUAAGGAAAUUUGGUAAUUAUGAUUUUGGUCUCUACAAUGUGAAAGAACUUCAUUUAUCUCAAAGAUAUUCCACUGGAUCCAAUGGUUAUUAUUCAGCAACAGAAAUCCUCAACUUAUGCUGA